AUGCAGAACGGGCCGACCCAGCGCUCGGAGCCGGAGAGCACGGAGGGCCUGAAGCACAGCUGCGAGACCUGCAGCAAGACGUUCCGCAAGCCCUCCGACCUGGUGCGCCACAUGCGCAUCCACACCGGCGAGAAGCCCUACCUGUGCGAGCUCUGCUUCAAACGCUUCACCGUCAAGUCGACCCUGCUCGGCCACCUGAAGACGCACACGGGUGAGCGCAACUUCGAGUGUCUGGUGUGCAAGGCGCGCUUCGCCACCAAGUGCUCGCUGAAGGUGCACUCGCGCCUGCACACGGACACGCGGCCGUACCAGUGCGAGGCGGUGGUGGCGGACGCGCUGGUCGAGGGCGAGUUCACCUGCUCCGAGUGUCCGCGCUCGUUCCGACCCUGCUUCGCCUGCCCGGCCGUGUUCAGCAAGCCGUCGCUGCUGGCGCGCCACGUGCGCACGCACACCGGCGAGCGUCCCUUCCAGUGCACCCACUGCGACCGCCGCUUCACACAGAAGAACGCGCUGGUGGCGCACCGGCGCACGCACGAGGGCGACCGGCCGUUCGACUGUCCGUUCUGCGAGCACCGGUUCGCGCAACGCGGCAACAUGCGCACGCACAUCCGGCGCGCGCACCUGAAGAGGGCGCUGGACGUGCUGGAGGAGGACGCGGCGGACGCGGACGCGCCGGACGGCGUCGCGUAGAGCCGCCGCGCGCCGUGCAACGCCCCGGUCCGGGCCGCAGAGCCGUUCCGCGUGGGGCGGGGCUGUAAGGGCGUCGGCUGUGGGCCGGGGGUACUGGCAGCGGGCGCGCUCGUGGCAACGUCCGCGGGACGGGCGAUUGAGCAGGUGUCGCCGUGUUGACCGGCGGAAGUGCAGCGCUGGUUGCAGGACGGUUGUAGCCGACGCUGCUGCAUAGGUUUGGAACUUUGCGACAUUGUAUGAGGCUGGUUACAGGGAGAGUGACUUACGUUUUUUUUAAUGGUCAAUUUGCAUUGCUGACAUGUAUGCCGUUCCUAGGUCGCUAGCCCCCACUGUCGUAGUGCUUCAUUAUAUUUUUUUCUGGCGCGUCGGUGUAGUUCUGGCACGAACGCAUCGAUGACAUGCUGCGCUAAAUGAUGUAUAUCGAACGAUCUAAUACACGUAAAAUAAUGCCAGUAUUUUAGACACAC